UAGAGUAGUGAGGGAGUGAGUGACAGAGCUGCAGCUCCACGGUGGCUGCUCCGCUGCUCUCCUCUCCUCUCCACGCUACGGCAACACGACCGGAGCCGAACCGAGCCGAGCAAGGGGUGGAGGGGGCAGACAGACGGAGAGACGCGCAGUUCCUUGCGGCACAUUACUGUGUAAAUGUGCGGUAAAUGGGAUUAAACUGCUCAUACGGCGCUUUAAAAACACUGGCAGCAGCAGUAGAGGAGAGUAGGGGGAGCUCCGCGCCGCUUAGCGUCGCCGCAUGUGCUCGUUCGAGUGCGGCUGGGAAACUUGAGCUGGAGCGGGAAGAAAGGUUGAAAAAGAAAGAAGGAACAAGAUAAAGAAGAGGAGAACUAACGGUAGCUGCAGCCUGAAGUGAACCCCCUGCUCCAGGUCUGGUCUCCUGCCUCUCCUCCUCUCACAUGCCUGCGUUGAUGUGGGAUAGAGGGAUGUUUGAAUUAUUAAACUUGCUAAAAGCACCGCAGAAGAAAUAGUUUUUGUUUGUUUUUUUAAGUUCAUUUUCAUCGGAAAUAAGGUAGAAAAGCUAGGGUGACAUGGACGAGCCCCAGAGCAACGAGGACGUGCGCAAGAGCGGCUACCUCCGCAAGCAAAAGUCCAUGCACCGGCGGUACUUCGUGCUCCGCGCCGCGUCGGAGCGCGGCCCGGCCCGCCUGGAGUACUACGAAAGCGAGAAGAAAUUCCGCGGUAAGGCCCCCAUCCCGAAGAAGACGGUGGCGCUGGAGACCUGCUUCAACAUCAACAAGCGGGCCGACUCCAAGAACAAGCACAUGAUAGUACUCUACACCCGCGCGGAGAGCUUCUCCGUGGCCGCGGAGAACGAGGCGGACCAGGACGAGUGGUACCAGGCCAUGGUGGAGCUGCAGUGCAAAAGUAAGAACCCAGCCGACGUUGGAGCUGCAGGAGACUAUGGCGUGCCCAGUCCUGGUCCUGCAUUCAAAGAAGUGUGGCAGGUGAAGGUGUGGCCCAAAGGUCUGGGUCAAGCUAAAAAUUUGGUGGGCAUCUAUCGCCUUUGCCUGACUGACAAGACGGUCAACUUUGUCAAGCUCAACUCUGAUGCUGCUGCUGUGGUGCUGCAACUGAUGAAUGUCAGACGCUGCGGCCAUUCAGAAAACUUCUUCUUUGUUGAGGUGGGACGGUCUGCUGUGACAGGCCCGGGCGAGUUCUGGAUGCAGGUGGAUGAUUCAGUGGUGGCCCAGAACAUGCAUGAAACUUUGCUUGAGGCCAUGAAGGCAUUGAGUGAAGAGUUCCGCCAACGCAGCAAAUCACAAUCAAACUCCGGCCCUGGUGGCGGUGCUACUGCCUCUAAUCCCAUCAGUGUUCCCUCACGUCGCCACCACCCAAACCCUCCUCCCAGCCAGGUGGGCUUUACCCGCCGGCCCCGAACCGAGCCCCCUGGAGGCGUGAACAGUGGAGGCAAUGGGGCCAAUGCGUCUCCCACACCACGGGACAUCUUCCCAAGGUCUCGCACUGCCAGUGAUGGGGGGAAAAGUGAGGAUGGGAUGACCACACCUCUCCAAGGACCGAGCUCCAAUCCCUCCACCAAUGGCUCAUCCUCUAACACCCCAAUCCUCAGGUCUAAGUCUGUCCGUUCAGUCCCCACCACAGCUGCUAAAACUCCUCUUGGGCUGAUGCGCUCCAUCUCAACCCCAGCGCCCUCCCCAGCCCAAAGCCUCUCAUCUAGUUCUGGGCAUGGCUCUGACUUUGGAGGCGUAACAUCUGCUGGCACUGGUCCAAAUUGUGGUACCUACAGUCGACUUCCUUCCCAUCGUGCCUCUGUCUCAGGAUCUCCCAGUGACUAUGGCUCCUCAGAUGAGUACGGCUCUAGUCCUGGGGAUCACACGCUCCUUCCCUCCCCAAGUCUCCCUGGAAGCUCUGUUGGUAGUGUCAGCAGCCAAUCUCUUGGUGAGGAGGGAGCAAACUACAUCCUGAUGGGUCAGCGAAGUAGUGGAGGUGGUGGUAGUGGCAGUAAUCAGGGGAACAUGACGUCCACUUCCCUUCCAGUACCAGGAACACCAACCUGUGUCUCCCAGGCCCAUACCAGGAGAGUGCUACGUCGCUCCUCCAGUCGUGAAUGUGAAGCUGAACGUAGGCUGCUGAGCAAGCGGGCUUCCUUACCUCCCAUGACCCUGGAGAGGCUGGCCCCACAUCAGCGUAGAGCUGAGGAACCAGCAGAUGAAGAUUCUGCUGAUUAUGCCAUUAUGUCGAGGAGCACUAGCCGUGAGUCCUUCACUUCCAACUCCUCUUCCACACAGAGGAACUCUGUCCUGGGUCCUGGGUCAGCAGGGGGUGGAGGAUACUUGGAUGUGUCUGGGGAGUUCAGAAAUGAAGGGAGUGGUGGAGCAGGUGGUAAUAUAGACGUAGGUGUAGACAAUGGGUAUAUGUCUAUGCUUCCUGGUGUCACACAGCCUCCAGUAUCCUUGUCCCAGUCAUUGGCUCUCUCUGUCCCAGACUCAGACUCUAAACCUGCUGAUGAUUACAUGGCCAUGACCCCUAACAACAGUGUGUCCCCUCCACAGCAAAUACGGCCUCCACCAGCCUCUGAUGGCUAUAUGAUAAUGUCCCCGAAUAGCAGCUGUUCUCCUGACCAACGUGGAGGUCUCUCUGGAGGGGUUUGGGUGGGCAGUGGUAGUGCAGACAGCAGGGCAGGGAGUGACUAUAUGAACAUGUCUCCAAUCAGUACACGUUCUGUAAAUGGUAGCCCCCCACCUCCCGAACACACCAGCCAUUUAGAAUCUAGCUCUCAACAGCAAGCUCCAAAAAUGGUGUAUUCUUACUAUUCCCUUCCCCGGUCAUACAAACAUAACCCUUCUGCUGGACACUUUGAAGAUGGACCUGGACGAGGAAGAAGGCAUAAUGGGAGUUGUAAUAGGGGAAUUGGUGGAAGUAAGACUAUUGGAGUGCGUCAGGAGCAAGCAGCAGCCGGCAACUCAGUUGUAGGACGCCACCUGUCACUCUCCUCUUCGUCAUACUCCUCCAGCUCAGCCAGCAGUGAGAGCCUUGGGGAGAGUGAGGAGCGAACUGCACAGGCAGUGAACACCAUGGCUGGGGGAUCUCAGUCUAAAGAUGGGAGUAAGCUCCAGCAGAGACGGGGCUCUGGUGGAUUGUCCAAGCAUAACAGCCAUACUAGAAACAGACCAGUGAGUCUGUUUGUUGAUGUAUCCAAGGCUAAUACUCUUCCUAGAGUCCGUGAGAAUCCUGUGCUCCCAGAACCUAAGAGCCCUGGGGAGUAUGUGAGCAUUGAGUUUAAGGGGGAGAAGUUCAACCAAACUGGGACUGGAGGAGGCCGUGGCAGGGGUACCAGACAUGGCUCAACACUGCCUCAUUCCUCAAACAACCAGAAUCCUCAACACAGGCCAACUUCUUGCCUAGGUAACUUUGUCCCUCUCUCCCGUAGUCCCUCUGCUCCUGUCACUCCCCCAUCUGCAUCUGAAUAUGUCAACAUGGACCUGGGUCCUUCUCCAUCCCCCUCACCCCUGUCCCUUACCCCAAUAGUUUUCCCGCCUUUCCACACCCCUCCUACGCCUCCAACUCUUGCUCAUGCCCCAAAAGCUUGCCACGAAGGUACUGCUGGCCCUUGUGAAGGGGGAGCUGAAGGAGCUGAGGCCCAAAUAAUGGAAAGCAGAGAAAGUGCUCCAGUUGCGGCUGAGUCACCUACAUCUUGUGGAGACUAUACGGAGAUGGUCUUCAACUUGAAUAGCAACAAUGGCCCAAGGUCAUCCUCAAGUGUCUCCCCCAAAGCCCCCUCCCCCACUAGGACUGAUCCUCCUGUUCCGGUAUUAUCACGUGGUCUGGAAUUUCCCCUGUCCAAGCCCGGACUAAAUCCAGACCAUGGGGCUAAAGUUAUCCGUGCCGACCUCCAAGGACGCAGGCGACAUUGCUCAGAAACCUUCCUUGCCUCGCCUUCUCUCCCCACUUCUACCUCUACAUCCUCUUCGUCCACUGCCUCCCUAUUUCCUGAACACACCCAAGCUGUGGCCCGUCGGCUGGGCUUUGAAAGCAUGCUGUGGGGUAAUGGUUCUGUGACUGAUACCCCCAGUCAGUGCAUCCCACCUGGACAGCAAUCCCUUCCCACAAACACUCAGACCUCAUCCACUGAGCAAGGUCUUAACUACAUUGACUUGGACUUGGUCAACAAAGAGGGCCCCCAUUUGGGCCUGGAUGGACCCUCAGGUAGCCAGACCUCCUCCCGGCUCCUCUCUGUACUGGGUGGUCCUGGGAUGGGGGGAGUGGGUGCAGCAGUUGGCAGCAGCUCCAGCCUCAACACUUACGCCAGCAUUGACUUCUACAAAUCAGAGGAGCUGCGGACACAUCAGAAUGGAAACAAGGAAGGAACAGAGUGCUGAUAUUGGUGCAUCGUCCUUGGGGAGACAAUCUGGUACCACUCAGAGAGCUUCACAGCCCCGCCUGUUCCUUUCUGCGACAACCAAUUGCAUGGAAAGAGCAAUUGGAUGGGACACGCCCCUGUAGCACUUUGACAGAGACUGAUGGAAAAGGGUCUUUUUCUCUCUCUUCUUUUUUUUCCUUCUCCUCUGCUUUCAUCUCAUUAGUUAUGGAAACCAGCGGGGGGGAUGUGUGCCAAAUGACAUUCUAGUAAAGAUAUUUGCUGCUCUCAUUCCAUUGAGUGAAAGCCAAUCAGAGAAGGGUAUAAAAAGUGGGGCGCGAUAUUUUUAUUUUAUUGUGAUUUUGUUUUGCUUUUUUAGAUUUCUUCUAAGAGAAAAAAAAGAACUAUAACAAGAUAUAUAGAACUGUUCAAAAAGUGCCUCAUUUUCAGUAUGUAGCCGUUUUACACACAACUUCAAACUUAGCCUCAACUAAGUGAAGCUUUAGGUCCUUUUAUUGUGCUCAGUUUGUUGUAAUUACAAACAAGCAGCAGAUAUAUCAACAAAUAUGCUUAGCCAACUUGCUGCGUUCACGUCCGGAUGGAUGGUACUUUGAUAUGAUCACAGGGUUACUCAAGCGAUUGGAGGACUGGAAGGCUGCAGAUAUCUGUUUUUAUUGAUUAUAUGCACAUCUGUAUGAAUGAAUGAAUGAUUUUAUUUUUAAAGGUCUCAAAAUCAGUGACCGAAAAAGGAAUAAGCUGGAGCUCAAGCCUUAUUUUAGCUGAAACUAUUCAUUGAAUAACCCAGAAUAUCACUAACGCUACCACAAAACCAAAAAAACAUUUUGUUUUCACUUAACAAAUUCCAAAUGUAAACAACCAUGUUAAAUAAUGAUUUCCUUCUCUUAAUUGAAAUUGAAAUUUCAUAUAAUUUGUAUGACUAUUUACACAAAAUUUCCCCAUCAUUCAUAGUUACAACGUACAAGUUGAUGCUAAUAGUGAAUGUGCAGCGAUGUGAACGCAGCGUUUUCGCUAACAUAAAUGAAUGGUACUAGCUAUCUGCUCGUGUUCCUGUCUACUGUGAGAAAUAUUAGCAUAGCAGCUGUUUGCUUUUUUUGCUCAUUAUAACUUGUUUGCUUUUCUUCUGCCAGACUUUUUCCUUCCUCUCCAUACAUGUUUGUUUGUUGUUUUUUUUUUUAACUAGAGCCAUAUCACCAGAAGUAUUAAAUACAGUUGUAUCAGGGGAUACAGUAGCUUGCUAGCUAGCUUCAUCCGGCUAGCUAUUUCAGAUUAAGACGUACGUAUCAUGCCAGGACGUAAAUUCCCUCUCCUGCUGACAUCAGCUCAGGGUGAGACCCCUUCUACAGAGCCAAGCAAUCCCAUUAGUGCUAUUAGCUCCAGACACUUGUGUCUAACUUAAUCCCUAUCGUCUCAGGAUUCUAAAUAUCAUUUAAGGUACAUUGGAUAGAGCCCCUAUCAAUAAUAGCCAUGCUAAUGCUAGCACUGUGGUGGUCGGCGCACCAGGAAGAGGGUCAGUCCUUAUUUCAGAUCUUCUUGUAGACGUUGAGGUACCAAACAUGAUGAAUGUUUUUACACUUUUUAAUUUUUAAUGUGAUUGAAUUGGAUGUACUCGAACCAUAAAUCCUUCUUUGACACAGUUUCUAUGUCCCCCCCCCCCCCCCGCUUUUGCUUAGGUCUUACUGUAAUCUCCGCUAUGCAUCAGCACUUAAGUGCCUGUCUGUCCUGUUUGCCUGCCUGUCUCUCUGCCCCGCCUUAGCAGCUAUAAGCACUAAUUGGGCUGUCCUAGCAGAAUAUAACAAAUCUAUUUUUGUGUCUUUUUUUUUUUUUUUUGGGUUGUACAGUUCUCAUAAAAUAACUUGUUUCUGUUUGUUUGAGUGUGACAAUGAAAUAUCAGAUGACUUGACUCACAGCCAUGGCUCUAAUCAGAGGAGUUUUGGACUGUCUAAUUUUGUCGGGGAAUGGAGGACUUGUUCGCUGUGGGGCAUGAGUGCCAAAUCACAAAAAAAAAAACAAAAAGAAGAAAAAAAAGACUGAUCAGUUUUACUCUCCGACAGCACCUCAAGAAGCAACCUUCACUUCUCCUGUCUGGACGUAUUGUUUUGUUUAGUUUUAAUGAUGUAAUCUUCUGUGUUCCCUCAUUGUUUUGCGGUGCCGGGGAGAACUAUGACUCUUGGAGAUAAAGGUCAUCGUCAAGACUUGCGUAUGCUUUAACCUUGGAUUUUCCGAUGACUUUGACGAGAAAUCGCAUGGAAAGAAAGACGAGGACGUCCCCGAAAAACGAUAACAAACUGUCUGAAUGUCUAAAUACAUGUGCAUCCACAUCGCUCAGAGUUGUAUUUGUGUGUUUUCCUGCCUGCCCUGGGAAGUUCAUGAACUUUCUCACUCUUGUCACAUAACUGUCAGGGGCUUGGAGCGUAACAAUGCAGUUUAAUUAUGAGCAGAUCAGUGGUUGGAAAUGCCCCAUAAUGGUGGUUAGUUAUGCAGAAGUGGGGGAAAGAAAAAAAAACCAGGUUCAGAUAUUCACACACAAUUUGCUUUUCGAGCAGACUCAUGCAAGGAAACACGUGAUGAUUAGUAAAAAAUGAUGAUGUAAUAUAUUUUGGAGAUGUUCUCAUAUUGAAACUCAGCAGAUUUCGGCCAAAGCAGACAUGCUUGAAGGUACAUGUAGUUUGUAAUGAAACCGCACAACCAGACAUUUAUAGUUGUUCUCAAGUAUCUGGUGGACUUUUUAAAUACCCCACGUUUCUACUGUCAUUUGUCCAGACGGUUCAUUCUGUCUGGACAUUUUAUUUUUGCUUUGACCACCUGUGGUAAAGGGCUCAGUGGUUACAGCCGCAUAUCAAGAAAAAUGUUUCCUUGGAUGGGCUCACAGAAAAUCGUCAUCCCAGUUGCAGCGUGAUUUUAUUCAUUGCGUUGUUGUGUGUAUAAAUAUUCAUAGCUCAUGCAGGAAAAGAGCUGCUGCUGUUCUAUAAUCUUGUCAUCCUUCCUCCUGCUCCCCUGAGGGAUGGUACUGAAUGGGAUUAUUGUGAGAUUUGCCAUUGAUGUAGAGAGUUUUACUUCUGUUGCUUGAGAAAACAAAAUCAACUAAAAGGAAAAGAGUCCAACAACAAA